AUGCAGCCAAAAGAUUCUCCUGUACAUUUUCAAAAUCAAAGUAUUCAAUCUACUGUAAGCGACCCUCAGCAACAGUCUGCAGCUUUAUUUGCUCAUACGUUUCAUUUGUUAGCGGCUGCUGCAGCUUCCAGAUAUAUAGCUUCUGGAGCUCAAGACCCUCACAUGCCUCCUGGCAUUCGGCCAAGUAAUAAUGGAUCGAUAUUAAAUCCAACUGAGUUUGAAUAUAUGGGACCUCCAGGUGUACCCGUAGAAGUCCCAUUCACUGGACCCCUACAUCCCGAUCAUUUGCAGGCAUAUGCAAACAACUCUUGUAUUCGUGUCAAUGCUACGGGAAUGGAAGGUUCCGGACCUCGUCAUCCUCAUAAUAUGUUGGAUUUCAAAUCUAUGUGUUGA